CACCUUCUGCAAGGUCUGAAGUGUCACAGAAACCGGUCUCAAGGUUUUUGGAUGACUUUGACUUAAUAGAGACGCUUGGUGAAGGAGGCUACGGUCGGGUUUAUAAAGUAAAAGGAAAACUUGCUAAAGUGUUGUAUGCAGUCAAGGUGGUGAAGAAUACCAGGAAUGCAUUACGUGAGGUGGAAGCUCUGGCAUCUUUUCAGCAUCCCAACAUCGUCCGUUACUACGCAGCUUGGGAAGAGCUAAGCUACCCACAUUCCAGCACAGCAAGCCAAGCCAGCACAGAGUCCACAUAUGAAUCUGAAGAUGAAGAAGACCAAUCAGAAGCAUCGGGGGCUAUCAUGAGUUCAAACAAGGACAAGUAUCUGUACAUACAGAUGGAGUUUUGUAAAGGAGGGAACCUGAGACAGUGGAUUUGUGAAAAGAAUGAAGGAAACAUGCGAAGCAGAGAUGAUGCACUGAUGAUAUUUCAGCAAAUAGUGCAAGGAGUGGAAUAUAUUCAUUCGCAGGGGCACAUUCACAGAGAUUUAAAGCCUGAAAACAUAUUCUUUGGAAAUGACAACGUAGUGAAGAUUGGAGACCUUGGACUUGUGACGGUAAUAAAUGAAGAAGGCGCUAACUCUGUUAAAAGGACAAAGCAAAAAGGAACACUACCUUACAUGAGCCCUGAACAGGAGAGUCUGAGAAACUAUGAUGAAAAAGUGGACUUAUAUCCCCUUGGACUGAUUUGCUUUGAGCUCCUUUGGGAAAUGAGAACAGGAAUGGAACGACAUAAACUGUGGGGGGACUUGCGUAAAAGGAUUUUUCCACCUGAGUUUGUUAAGCAGUACGACUCAGAGCAUAAGCUCAUCAAGAAAAUGCUCUCUGAAGUACCACGUGAAAGACCAGCGGCCUCAGCGAUUGCCCAGGGCUUGAAGGUCCUUAUGGAAGAACACAAUGGACUGGGAGACUUGAAAACUGUUUGAGAUGUCAAUGAGACUGUAGGAGAAUUUUUAAAAAGCGGAUGUCAGUAUGUUAUACAAGUGCAGUAUAUUAAUGCACAUGCCUUCAUGUGGGCUGAUGUGAAACAAUAUUAGUGUUGAAAUUAUGAUUUACUUUCCAAACGCUUUCUUGGCUUUUAAUACAUAUUUUAAUAUUAUUAUGAUGGUUUGAAGUAGUAUAGAAACAGAGAUGUACUUCCUCCCAUGCAGUAAAUAAUCAGAAAUACAAAAUUAAUAUUUAAGAAUUACAACCUAAUUUCACUGUGGGUGAGGUGUGGAACAAAAAACUGGCUGUGUUGAGUGUCAUAAUCUGAGGGAUAGUGGUUUAUCAGCUUUCAAAAAGCAAAUAAAUUGUGCAAUAAAAUUGCAUAUGUUCAGCACUUGUUACACUAGUGGGU